CCCUGGACCAUUAAAAAGCCCGGCUGCAGGCAGGUCCCCUUCUUAGAGGCAGCCGAGGCCGGGGAGAGAGCGGGCGCCGGUACUGAUGGACGACCUGGACGUUUCUCGUUCAGAAAAUGUUUACUCAGAUGCUUCACCUUCCAAGCGCUGGCUCUGAACUUUGAAUAUCAGAAAAUAAGAACAUGGACACAACUAUGCCAGGUUCCAAGCUGAGGAGAUGUUUUUCCAGAAAAUCUGCCAUCAUCCUAGCACUACUUGGCAUGUCUCUAAUUGGUUUAAUUGCAGUGAUCGUAACACAGAUACAUGCUACCAGAAAAAACAAUAAGUAUGGGAUUGUGCUGGAUUCUGGCUCUACUCACACAAGCCUGUAUAUAUAUCAAUGGCCAGCAGAGAAGGAGAAUGACACUGGAGUAGUGAAGCAGGUUGAUAUGUGUGAUAUUAAAGGGCCGGAGAUUUCAGCAUAUGCCCAUGAUCCUGAAAAAGCUGGUUUGUCCCUGAAGGAGUGCAUGGAUUAUGCAAAGACAGUAGUUCCUGCAGGAAAAUAUCAAGAAACACCUGUUUACUUGGGGACAACAGCUGGCAUGCGGUUGCUGAGAAUGCAGAACAAGACCAUUGCUGAGAAGGUUCUCUCUGAAGUGGCAGCAACACUGAACUCGUACCCUUUCAGUUUCCAGGGUGCCAGGAUCAUCAGUGGUGAGGAAGAAGGUGCCUAUGGCUGGAUCACUGUUAAUUACCUGCUGGGCAAUUUUAAGGAGUCUAUCUGGCCAGAUUUCCUGCCUCGCAUGUUCUCCGGUCUGGGAACAACAGGGGCACUGGACCUUGGAGGUGCUUCCACGCAGAUAACAUUUGCACCAGAGCAGGAAAAAAUCGAGUCACAACGAGAUAUUUUGCAUUUCUAUUUCUAUGGGAAGAACUACUCUGUAUAUACACACAGCUUCCUGUGUUAUGGGAAGGAAUACGCGCUACUUCAGAAGCUGGUCAAAGAUAUUCAGAGGCAAGCAACUGAGAGAUACCAGGAUCCAUGUUUCCACCCUGGUUAUAGGAGGACAGUAAACAUUUCUGACCUGCUCACAAACCCCUGCCUUGCUGGUAGUUUGCCUUCCCUACCUUUCUCACAGAUUACAAUUGAGGGCACUGGGCAGUAUGACAGCUGCCAUACCAGCGUCCAGAGAAUCUUCAAUUUUACUUACUGCCCUUAUUCCAGAUGCUCAUUCAAUGGCAUUUUUGUACCUCCUGUGUACGGACAUUUUGCGGCCUUUUCUGCUUUCUACUAUGUAAUGAACUUUCUAAAUUUGACGGAAGUGUCUAUGUAUGAAGCAGUACAGAAAAUUAAGGCCUUCUGCUCCAAACCCUGGAAUGAGGUGAAAGCAGAGUUUCCAGGGGUAAAAGAAAAGUACUUGACCGACUACUGCUUCGCAGGUGUUUACAUAAUGAUAAUCCUUGGCAACGGCUACCACUUCACUGAGGAAAACUGGCCGUACAUCCACUUUCUGGGAAAGAUUGGGGAGAGUGAUGCUGGAUGGACUCUUGGCUACAUGCUGAACCUCACCAACAUGAUUCCUGCAGAGAAGCCAUAUACACACCCCCUGUCCCACAUUACCUAUAUUAGCCUCCUGGUCAUUUGUUCCCUUGCAGUGAUGGCUCUGCUCUUCCUAGGCUUUAAGUUUUUUGUCCAACCAAAGUGCAUGCGAAAGGCAAUUAUUUAAGUUAGGUUUGGCCUAGCCCAGAGCUGCAUUUCAGUAUAGGUCGAAGAAUAAUGCUUCUGGUAUGUUCUACUGAAAUGGCUGACUUCAUUAAGGGCCUUCUGUACCACUUUCUCCAGCAACGACAGACACUCAAGAUAGCAACAAGAUAGCUGCUCUUCUGUCCUCUUCCUGUUUUGGACACUCAGUUCCCAUUGUGCUCCUUAAUGGGGUCUGGCAGUGGGAGCAUUGGGUGUUGUAUUAAAUGCCUAUUUAUCUCAGGACUGCUUUUUUGUAUAUUGCCUUGGUUCCCAGAAUGCAACACCAGGGGGCACCCAGUCGGAAAUGACUGAACAUCGCAAGGUGAGACUCAACCUGGCAGGAGCAGCUGCUUUCUGUGUCCUAGUUCCCCUUUCAUUCAAUAUCAACAGUCGCGCAAAAUGUUACUGAGUCAGCCCCUUACAUGUCAAUUGAACUAGCACUGAUCAGUCCUAGCUUUGUGGGGAAAUUCCCUGUGUGCAGCUUCGUCUUUGUUCAGGUGGCAAAUCCAUUUGACCACAGCCUGCCUAUCAUGUCUAUGCAUCACCCAGGAAAAAGGGAAUGCACCAGUUCAACUGAGGUUGACACAGGUCACACAUCAAAAAUGCAUCUUUCAAAAACAUUACUCAGGGAGAGAAUGUCACCUGCAUCUGCCAGGAAUGGUCCCUGGCCCAGAGCCAGCAUUUUUUGAAUGGUUUGGAGUGCCCAGAGUUGCAAUUUGGGUAGCGGAGCAUGCGCUACUGAACUAUCUGUGAAUUUUUUGGAUUCAUCCACAGGAUUUGCAAUCAGCUGGCUCCUAUUGGCUGCAUAGAUCCAGGACAUUGGGAUUUGACAUUGUACUUUCUAAGCAGCCUUUGUUAAUGCUGUUGCCAUUAAGUGCAGCAAAAUCUUCUCAGAAACUGAGAAGGGUAGGGUAAUUAAAAUCUUUGCAAUUUCUUUCACAUCCUUCCAUCUGGAGAGCUCUCAGAUCAGAGGAUAUAUCCUUUGCAUCAUAGACUCUGUAACACUAAGGGGGGAAAUGAAGGUAAUUAGUUGAAACUUUUACCUCCUCUGUGACUGAAUAACAUAGUGAUUGAGUUGCACUUUGACAUAACUGGAAAUGAAGGAUUCACAUGGCCAAAACCUUCCUGGCCCUCCUGUGGCAACGGAGCCAAAACCUUUUACCUAAACUGCUGAACAGCCUGUCAGGAAGCUCCUGACCCUCAACAAUGCUCCUCAUCUACAGCUGCAAUGUGGGUGCACCAAAGUUAGGCAUACCCUCACCUAACUAGCCAGAUGUGCUGGUGCUUUAUCAGAGCUGCUUUCAUUCCAGUACAGGUUAUAGCUCUUAAGUACAAAGUAGACAUAAAGUGUACAUGCCUGCAAGGGAAUUUUCCAAUCACACCAUUGUUUUCUUCAGGACUAUUAUAUCAAAGAAGCACAUGAUCACUAAGUGGUAUCACAGCUCACUGGCUGACCAGCAAAAAAGUUUUAUGUAGCCCAAAGUAAAACUGGAAAAGGUAGACAAAAAAUUGGGCAUUUGAAGAAAUAAGCGCAAAACCAACAUGCUAACUGAACUAAAUAUUUUGACUUUGAUAUGGUGAGCUGACUGUUGUAGUAUACUCACUGCAUUUUGGGCACAAGUAAAGUCUUCUCCCCCAAAACAAACUCAGGGGAAACUUUGUUUCUGUUUUGUAGCAGAUGCUGGGUUUACACAGCUGUAAUUGGUUGGCACUAGUGUCAGCCAUAACAUUUUUAAAAAAUAAAUAAAUACAGAAUCAAGCAACUGUUUAAUCAUGUAACCAUGCAAGGCACUUUAAAAAUGGACAGAGUAUGCCUGAGGAAUGGGGGAUGGCAGUGAGGGAGUGCAACCAGCAUUCAGUCUGGAGUCUGUCCAGGUGCACUCAAAAUCUAAAGUUAGGAGGUAGCAAUACUCAUCUCCUGCAAGAAAAAUCCACGUACAAUCUGCUUUUCUCUGGUAUCUUUACACAGUGGAAAAUGCAUAAGUUGGAGUGUCUUACAUGUGAUGAAAAAUGUAUUAGAUAUGGAAAAUAGAUUAUGAGGAGUUCUUUAAAAUGUUAGUAACCCUUUGCAAGUUAACAAGUCAGUGAGUGAAUUAAAAACAAUAUCUGGCAAUUUGGUUUUCCAAUCCAUUUUAUCUAUCCCCGCCUCCAGUACGUCUCAUGGCAAAGAGGGCAAAAGGAAGAAAAAAGUGCUAUUUUGAUAAGGUUGAGCAAGUUUUUUGUUGCAUGUGUACAUGUGCAAUUGCAUAGAAAUAAAUUGCAUUGUCACUAUCACAUGUGAAGACUCAUAUCAUUUUUAGAUUUGUCUACUUGUACAUUUCUGCUUUCCAUGUAGGAAAUGCAUAUAAUUUGUAGACAUUCAUUAUAGUGAUAAAGGCAGAAGGGCAGUUUUAUUGUAGAAGGAUGUCUGGCACAACAGACUGUGUGGAUGGCUGUAGAAUUUAUGCAACACCCAGAGAGCCUUAAAGAUAGAUCUGAAUGGCUCAAAGCUUUACCUGUACGCUUGACAUUAUAGGUAUCACAGUACUUUGAAGAGAAAUGCCAAAAUUAAUGUAGGAAACAAAGGAGCAUGUUGAGUUGAUGCAUUUUUUUCUCCUAGGUAGAAUCCCGCUAUAGCUCCCACCUUGUGUCCUCUAUAAAGUGCAUGGGGCUAUAAAACAAGCUAUGCCCACUGUUCACCGGUAUAUUCUGCCCACCCUCUCAAGACCAGGACAUUAAGGCUCAAAAGUGGCACUGGUAUGAAGAUUGUUUGAGUCAGACUUCACAUUUUCUACCUCUAGAUUUUCAUAUUUAUGCUCUCUGUCUUAAAUGUAAAAGCCAAUAGUCUGAAAUCAGAGGCAAGCAAUCAUUCGGUAUAGUUUCUGGUGUGGAUUCUCAGCCUAGACUGACAUUUAUGAAGCAAUAAGUUGUUUCAGGACACCUCCAACAACACCAUGUUUAGGGAUCCGGUACUUAACAUGGUGAUAUUUAGAUCAUAGAAUCACAGAGUUGGAAGCACCCCAAGGGCCAUCUAGUCCAUCCCCCUGCAAUGCAGGAACACACAAUCAAAGCACUCCUAACAGAUGGCCAUCAUUCCAGCCGCUCUUUAAAAACCUCCAAAGAUGCCACACUUGACUUCCUUGGUUCAAGGAGUUUUAAUGCUCUCCGCUCUCCUAAGCCUUGAUUUGCUUCAGAUCACAUGAUAGGCAAAAUCCAGUUGUAUCUCUGCUGCCCUAAGCAGCCCCCCUGCAUCAAAAACCUGCUGUCUCAAGAUGGUUCCAUUUAACCUGUCUGUAUGUUUCAGCCUCUAGCAGUUCAUUUCAUCUGCUUAAAUCACACACAUGUGCAGCCUACCCUGUUUUGGGGCCUGGGGUUGAUUUUAAGUCCUUCAGCAAUGUGCUGAUGCAGAUUGGCAGUUGGGGGGGGGGGGGGGGGGGGGCUGCAAGUCAAGGAUCAUCAUUCCUGCUAGUGUUUCUGACCUAUUGCUGGGCAGUGUAACAUCAGCUCUUGCCAGAAGUAAUAGUUACGAUUGCAAAGAGUCAAAUGCAGAGGAUGUGCUCUCCCCCACGCUGUCCUUGAUAAUACUUUUAAGUCCCGUCUUUGCUUUCCAGUACAAAGCAGCCUAUUCAUGCACAUGUACAUCUCUGUGAUUGUAUUAAAGAUAUUUUGAUUAAUACCA